GGGAAAUUUGAAAUUGCGUAACUAGCACACGACCACUAUGCAUUGCGUUACGUCCAGUCUAAAAAAAGGGGCAGUCUGGUACCGAGCUAAGAAAUGUUUCCCUCUCAACUUCAAAGUUUACUGGAGAGUACGAAACACGGCGAUGGAAAAGGCUUUCAGUGAAUGGAUUUAAAUGAUAUGACUUCAAAGAAACAAGAAUUUACCUUUCGGUCAAAUAACGUAACUCCAUCCACAGUGUUAGCAGUAAGUAUGAACGCGUCUACUCUUGAUAUUAAAGUAACUAUUGCAGGAACUUGCAGGAGUUUGAUUAAUAUUAUUCUAAAAUCUGUCACUUGUCAGCUCGGCGCUUGAUCGAUGUCAGUCGUAACUGUUAUGCCGUCAUCAAUCAUCGUAAGAUAUUAUGAUCAGGACGCUAGCCGUUGCAUUGCGACGGCAAACCACCUCAACGAUCUUAAAACCACGAACGACAAAAAUCAAGGAUUUUUAUGAAGAUGUGUUUCGACAUGGCAAACCGUUGAGGUUAUUCUGUUGCUGUGGUUCUGGACCUAUCAGACCUACUGAUGAUAUAGUGGAAUAUCCUUUGGAGGUAAGAAAAUUGACAUAAUCUUUUAAGUGGUAAAGAAACAAAAGUCAAAAGUACGGUAAUUUUAAUCCGCCAUCUUGUCUGAGUCCACGAGAUUUCAGCUGAGUUGGCUUUUAAGCGUGCGCCUUACAUGCAACAAUUUCUCGCUAGUAAUUUUUGUCACUUCCCACGUUAGUCAUUAAAUAAGCGUUUGGAAUGUCGAAUAAUAGUGGCCUCGAGGAGAAAGUAGGAAACUUGAAUAUGGAAGAAAAGGAUCCUAAGGCAAAAGCAAGAGCUAAAGGUGGAGAUAAGAAAAAGAAAGCAGAAACAGGCGGAUUUCCGUUGGAAGUAAGUCACGAAAGAGUGCGAGUGUACGUGUCGAUCUCUCUCUAAAUAGCAAAAAUACUGUCUGGAAAAUGAAGUCUUUUGUCUUUGCAAUUGUGAUGUCCGUGGCUUUGUUGUACUUACCAUCAGGUUCAUUAAGAAGGAACUGAAUCUUGUUAAGUUUCGUUCAGAACGAAGACAUCUUGCGAGGUCAACGACUAAGUGUUGAGAUAAAUUUAGCUACUAGAGGACAUCUAAUUUGCAUGUUCACGUGCGCUUAUCCCAAAUUGGUAGCUUCGAUCUUGGUUCCUCAUUCUGAUCCUGUGCAUCGCGUUAGCUUUAACGCAAUGCACAGGAUUUGAUGUGACGCAACUGUCAUGUCUGUGGCUUUGUUGUACGUACCAUCUGUUUCAUCAAGAAGGAAUUGAAUCUUGUUAAGUUUCGUUCAGAACAUAGACAUCUUACGAGGUCAACGGUUAAGUUAGCAUCUGGAGGACAUCUAAUUUGCAUGUUCACGCGCGCUCAUCCAAAACUGAUAGAUUCGAUCUUGGUUCCUCCUUCAGACCCUGUGCAUUGUGUUAAAUUUAACAUUCUUACAAUCCACUGAGAUGUUGUAUGCCGUAAGUAAGAUUUAAUUGUAAAUAGUCGAUUACUGACAUAAACUGCAGGUCAGUUCCGCUAAACGGCUGAUGCAAUAUUUUGAUUUCUGUUUUGUACAAGUAAAAAAGAACAUUUAGAAAGAUUUUCGGUUAACUUCGUUCUUAACGAGAACAAAGCUCUCACCCCAGAAGUAAACCAUCUUUUUGGCCAAUGUUUUCUUAAUAAAAUAUCUUUAUGCGGAAAUCUUGCGGAACGUUUAACUUUUCUACACAGAUAAACGUGUCUACUCUAGUUCUCGGAAAUUUUGACGUUCGGUACAAAAAUAAGAAUCAUUUGUUCUUUGUUGAAAGCGAACUUUGUAUUGUGCCAAAAAGCCUUUGGGUUCUGGACUUGGGAACAGUUUGUUUGGGAUCUCUCCAGCAAGUGAAAUUGUCGCACAUUCAAAUUGUUCAAUGAAGCAUCUUUCUUUUCAACACUCAAGUGACUUUUACAGUGCUAAUAUCGUCAUUUGACUUAAAGAAAGAGUGAAAAUUUACUGCAUUUUUGGUUCCAGAAAAAAUUUCCUCAGAGGACUUCAGGGUAAAUUAUCACUUGAAAUAAUGUGUUAGUUGAAACAAAAGGCAUCCAGGAAAAAAAGGCAAAAUUUUUGAAAAUUUUUGCAUUGGAAUGAAAUAUGUCAUUUUUUAUUGAAAAUUCAGUUUCACUUUGAUUAUGUUGGGCACAAUAUUGUACAUAUCCAGGGUUAUCAAAAUAAACUGGAAACUGAUGCUUUCCGCUGUCAAGGUCCUGUUAGGAGGGGAGGUCUAAAUGUCCUCCAUCUGAGUUUCAAACCUUUUCAAACAAUUUAAUGUCACAAUUCAAAGAGGAAGUACUUUGGAAAAUUUAACUUUAUAAUGAAAUACAAUUUCUUCUGCCAAAAGUGCUGCUAGUUGCUGACUAAUGUUUAAAACACCAAUGUUGUAGUUGAUUUCACUUUUCUCUUUGUUGCUGUCUUAAUUUUGUGUGAGUGACUUGUUGUUUGUUGUCAUUUCAGCUCUUUCAUAUCAACAUUUCACUGUCUUGUCUGUGAAACAAGCCCUCUAUUCUGAAUGUCUGUUGCUCAAUUAUCAGCAUGAAAACAUGGCAUUGGUGAAAAUAAUACUGUUUAGUGCAACCUACUCAUACACUUGUACUACAUACAGUCUGGUUACUCAAAAUGAUAACCUUAGAUAUAUGUUUUUUUUUCUUGCAAGGUUCUUUCUAUCUGUAAUCAUUGUCACAUUUGGUUAUACCUAAUAUUGAAUGCCAGUGCAAUAUCCUUUAUACGUUAGCCAAGAGGUCUUACUUUUUUUUCCUAACAAAUGUAAUAAUUGCUUUUUAGUUGAACCCACCUCCAGCCUUUCUAGAUGAAAGAGUAAAGCUUUUUGAUAGACUGAAGGCAGAAUAUGAUGCUAAAAUUGAAGGUAUAGAAUUGUUUAUUUUGUUCUUUAGUGUAAUGGUGACCAAGUAGAGGGGAUAGGGACAAUUAUGUAAUGCAUGGUUGUUAUUUAGCCUUUUUGCUCUUAACAUCUCAUUAGCGAUUCUCCUUACUAUCUGCAAUGCAAUUUGUAUAAUUUAAGCUCUUAGAAUCUGGUGUUAGAUCAACUGAUAAUCCUCUAAUUGAAAUGUCUCAUUAUUCUCAUUACUUGUCUGCUUGAUAUUGUGUUGGUAUCACAAGGAGAAAUUCUGUCUUGGUCACUCAUGGGAGUUAAAGGGUUAAGAGGUAUCACAUUAUCAUUACUACCCUAGUAAGGAAUCAGUGCCAAACUGCUUUUUCUUGAGUUAUACUUUGUGUUAGCUUCCUCAACUGAUGACAGAUUAUUUCUUUGUUGGCUACACUGUAGUUAUGUGAAUGGUGGUUCAUCCUAAAAAUUCACUCUAGUUGAUAAUUUUUCCUACCUCUUAUUGCUUUCUUGCAAGGAGAUUAACUAAAUUCCAAGGAGGAUUUAGAUUUUGAUCACUCUUGAAUGUGACAACAGGUGUGGCAUGCAUUUGUUAAAUUAAAAUGGCAUGAAGGAGUAAGAAGUUUAUUGGUUUUUAUAGAAAGUGCAGUUAUCACCAACAUUUCCAAACUUUUUCUGUGCUGAAAAUUCUUUCUUCAUUGCAGCCAAAGAUAAAACACCAAUUAAGGUGACUCUACGAGAUGGUAAAGUUGUAGAUGGACAGGCCUGGAAGACAACCCCUUAUGAUAUAGCAAGUUCUAUUAGGUAUGGUUUAGAUUUUUCAAAACCUGUUCAAUCCUUUGAUUGCCCAGAGAUACAUAUAUGAAGACCCACACAGGUAGCUAAUAUAGAAGUUGAACUGUUGCAACUAAUAGACUGUGAAUGGCCUUUUUUUUAACUUGAAAGUGUAAAGUCAACUGUACUGAGGAAAUUAUAACUGGAUAACCUGAAGCUUUUCCUAAGCCACAAUUUCACUUGUAUCAUUUCCUCUUUUGUCGUGUAGCCAAGGACUUGCUGAUAACACUGUUGUUUGCAAGGUGAGUUAGUUGUUCUAAAAGUAUUACUGGUAUAUCUACUUCAGAUAUAGUAGUUUUGAGUUUUGAAGAGGUUUAUUUUCCUUUUGUGAUUUUCACACUUACAUUUUGAGGUACACUAUGUGGAGUAUCAAAGCCUAAAAAAGUUAUGUGUAAUUACGUUUUAGGUUAAUGGUGAAGUGUUUGAUUUGGACAGAGUUCUUGAAGGAGACUGUACUCUAGAAUUUUUAAAAUUUGAAGACGAUGAAGGUAACUGAGGACAGUCAAGAUUGAUUGUGUUUUUAUGAGUAAUUUUACUACUGUUCUGUAAUAGCCAUUCCCUCAUAGAGUAUUCAAUAUUUUAUGAAGUCCAAUCAAAAGGUGUUCAUCUUGAAGUCAACGCCAAAGUGAAGUAACUCAUGAAUAGUAGUGUCAUUUGAUGGGUAAGGGUCCUACAAAAAGCCUAUGUGAAGUGAUUGGCUAAGGUUGUUUUUUAGCCCUUCACGCCUUAACAUCAGUAUGCAAACUCUCUAUACUAUGCUCAAUACACUUCUUAAGGUACUGACAAGGAGAAUUUGUUUAACAAUCAAGAGCUUUUUUAUUUGGUUUCCUUUAUUCUCAUAACCUAAAUAUGUGAUUCAGGGAUGAUAUUGUAAGGAGAAAUUUGGUGCUAAUCACUCUUAGGGGUUAAAGGGUUAAGCUGAAUGAGUGUAAAUUUACAGACAGAUUGAACCUCACUUAUGACAAUGACUGACAAACAAUGCUUGAAUUUUGCUGCCAACAGUGCUAUGACAAAACUUAAAAUCUGUUUCCACCAAACAGACUUCACAUUCAACUGACAAACAAAUCUGCGCUUGAGUCAAAUGGAGCCUCCCACCCAAGUUGCAAAAUAUUAGUUGCUGCCAGUGGCAACAGUCCUGUCAGGAAAUGACCAUGCCUGGAUAAUCAUACCAUGCAAUGAACCAUUCUUCAUUGUUAGGUGUUGCUAUUGAAUUAAAAUUAAUUAUGGAUUUGUUCUUUAUAUCAAAUAGCCAAAGCCGUCUUUUGGCAUUCUAGUGCCCAUAUUAUGGGUGAAGCCAUGGAGAGACAUUAUGGGGGGUAUCUGUGUUAUGGACCUCCUAUAGAAGAGGGAUAUUACUAUGACAUGUUUUUGGAUGGAAGGUAAAGAAUGCACUUUGUAUUCAGUUGCAGUGCUACUAUUGUAGUAAUCCAGUGUAUCCUCUCUGUUCCAAGGAGUUUCACCUUCAACUAUCAAUACAGGUUCAUGCAGAAGGGUGAUGAUAAGUGAGGAAAAUAUUAAUUUGAGGAUAUUGUUGGAAUUCACACUAAAUCUUUAUGUUGAAAAUUGAUCAAUAUCAGUAUGAAAGCAACUGCACACCUAAACAAGUUACAAGGGGAGGGGUAGGUGUACAGUUUCUCAGAUCCUGUUAUUAAUCCACAAAAGUUAUAUAGCAUUAUAAUAAAUAUUAAAUGCACCUGUACAAGAAAUGUUGGAAUUGAAAUUUAACCUAUGGAAGCAUAGGUUAAAUUUUAUUUCUUAUUCAGCUAUUGUUGGAAAAGUUUUGUUUGCACUGUUUUGAAGUUCUUCAAAGUCCUGGAAACUUUUUUAAGAUGUCAGCUCUUGUGAGAUGUUAUUGUUUAUUAUGAUUAUGUCAUCUCUUACACUCUCUGGAUUCUUUGUGCUGACUGUAGGCAGGUGUCGUCCAAUGACUAUCCCUCUCUUGAUUCUUUGACGAAGUCCAUUGUGAAGGAGAAACAACCAUUUGUAAGACUUGAGCUGUCAAAAGAAGACCUCUUAGAGAUGUUCAAGGUAUCACUUUUUCAUUAUUUAGUAGAGACUCACAGCAACAUAAGUGUUCCAAUAUGGCCCUCUUCCCUCUCUCUUCACUUGCCCUUGCACCCAAAUGCAUUUACACUACUUUUAAAUAGUUGUUUAUUGGUAUUUGUUUGUGCCUCCUACUUUUGCAGUAACAAUAUACUUCUGUAUAAAGGCUUGCAGUAUGCUUUGUUCUAAACAUUGUUGGUUCUUAACCAAAAAAAUCCAUGUUGUUCACCUCGCACAAUAAAUCUGGAUAACAAUUUAGGUGCAAAAUGUUGACUCCCAUUUUUCCCCUUGGUGAAUUUUUGUAAAGCCAACUCCACCUCCUUCCCUUGGGCUACCCGUCGCAAAACUUUAGAAUUGAAUAUUUUCCCUCCAUAUUAGAACAUUAAUGCUAUAAUGUACACUUUUGUUUUAACAAUAUCGAUCAUUCAAAGCUGCAAACCAAAUGUCUAAAUCUCGUGACAAUGUCUGACUAAACUUGGCACAUCACUGGUAGAAUCUUUAUUGAGAUCUUGUAUAAUGGCUGGACAAGUUUUGUAACAAGUAACUAGUAUGUUAUAUUAAGAGAUACUUGUGUUAUUCUUAACUGUUGUAAGUUUUGUACAAAGAGGAACUUGGUCUGAUGUGAAUUGUAGGUCCUUUUAGGAGGAAAAAAAACAUCUACAGCUAUGUCAUUUUUAAAGGCUUUGUUCUCUUUUACAGUACAAUGAAUUUAAAUGCAGGAUUAUAAGGGAAAAAGUAAAAACCGCCACCACCACUGUCUACAGGUAAGUGUGGAAAUAUAUAUACCUUUAACUCCCAUGACUGACCAAGAUUAAUUUCUCCUUACAAUAUCAAUACAAUAUCAAACAGGCAAGUGAUGAGAAUAAAGAAAAAUAUCAAUUAUUAGUUGAUCCAAUGCCAAAUUCUCCAAACUUACAUAAUUAUAAGAAUUGUGUGGCAGACAGUAAGAAAUAAAGAAACCUUGGGAGUGAAAGGAUUAAAUCACGAGGCUGGGCAGUGACAAGUACAUUUUGACAAGAAUAGAAUGUUUCAACAAGAUUCUAAAAGUGCUGUGAUGUUUAUGUUCUUUAAGGUGUGGGCCUCUUAUUGACUUGUGCCGUGGUCCUCAUGUAAGGCAUACUGGAAAGAUAAAAGCCAUGACAGUCACUAAGGUAUAUGAUGAAGUAUAGGGACUGUGGUAGAUGCUUUUGUUUUAAUUCACUGAAUUGUGAGGAUAUGUUAGACCUUCUAGGGCCAAAUUUGCCAUUUUUUUGUUUACCUCAAACAUAGCGUUACUAUUUCAACUAAAGUUUCCAAAUAAAUAAUUGUAAAAUAUUGAAAUGCAUUCAAGUUGUUUACAAUGAUUUUCUGAACUGAAUUCCUUGAGCUGCCUAAGUUUAAGAAGCCAAUUAUAAUGUUUAAUAUGUUUCCUUUGAGUCAUUCGUUUGUCUUUAUUUGCAUGUUGUGCCUGUAAAAUGUAGUGCACUUCAACAUUGACCUUUGACUCCUCUGUCUUCAGAACUCUGCCACAUACUGGGAAGGAAACUGCGAAGCAGAAUCUCUCCAGCGGCUCUACGGAAUCUCAUUCCCAAAUGAGAAACAGGUGAAUUCAACAAAAUUAUUAGGAAUAGAAAUGAUUUCUUUAAGUAAAAAAAGGAGAGUAUGUAUACUUCAUCCGUGCCAACAUCUCAUAUUUCUGGUUUCUGUACUUUUGUAUUAUGAAAUCUUGAAUUUAUAAGUAGGUUUUUUGCAAUACUUAUAAAGAGGUUAGAUUUUUUGUUCUAAUGAUAUAAAUUCCUUCAAUUUUAUAAUUUACUAAGUUACAGAGCGUAUUUUGUUACAUUUCUUCAUUGGUUAAAGCUUCACAGCCAAGUGGUGGCAGGUGAAAAACUUUUUUGGUAGAAACAUUAACAGAAGCCAUGCAUUAUUUAAAAAUUGUUGGAUAGGCUUAUGGUUUCCAGAUUUUCUUGAUCUUAAAGUUAGUUUGCCCUAGUUUGCCUUUGUUAGAACCAAGGUCAGCUUUAGGGAAUUAAGAACCACAACCACCAUCAUAUUUAAUAGCCAACAUACAUGAAACUACUUUAUGCUAAUACAAGCCCACUGAAGUCUACUUUUUAUUCUUUUACUUAACCAGAUGAAAGAUUGGAAGAAAUUUCAGGAGGAAGCUGCUAAAAGAGAUCACAGAAAAUUAGGCAGGGUAUGAGAAUGAGCAUUUUUUUAUAUAAGGGGGCUGCCUAAUUCUCCCUUUAUUGCUAGUUUCCAAGCUAUCAAAAUGAUUUUUAUUUAUAUAUUUUAUUCAAAUAGUGGUCACAAAGUUAACAACAUGCCAUAUGCUAAGUGAUCUGAUUGCAAAAUGUUUCAUCGAUACAGUGUAUGUUUAAGCAGUGGUGGGCCAAGAUUCAUUAUGCUAAAUGAGGAUUUUUUUCCUAUUCAGGAUCAUGAAUUGUUUUUCUUCCAUGAGUUAAGCCCUGGAAGCUGUUUCUUUUUGCCGAAAGGAGCCCACAUCUACAACACACUAAUAAAUUUCCUUAAGGUACUGUUCCCUUUGAAAUAUCUCUAACAGGAGUUGCUAGUAAUUUUUUGUUUGUAAGAUAUUUCCUUCUUAUCAUUUCUUUUUUAAAAAAUGUGAAAGUCUGUACUCUAGUCACUCAUUCAGCCAGAGCUUGUCCCAGUUUCCAUAGUAUAUUGGGACUAGCAGUAUUUCUAUUCCCACUUGAAUAGGAUUCUAAUCCACUGCAAGGUUACCCCCACGCAUUUUGUCUGCAUUUCCUGACAAGUUGUCUGUACUCAUUUAUAAUCUUGGGUGGAGAGAAGCACUGUAAAAGUUUAGCCUGUUUAGCCUCAAGCUUGGACCUCCUGUAUGCUAACUGUUAUGCCACCAUGUUUCCACCAUUUACCUGAGAUCUGACUGUUAAUUCUCCCCUCUAGGUGCUACACGUUUCCUUAAAAUAAGUUUUGAGAAUUUGCUGUUAGAUUAAGAUAAUAACUUUCACUUGAUAAGUUUGAGUCUUCUCGUUUCCCGUUUGCUGGACAGCGUUGGAUAUUACAAGAAGAAGUUACAUGUUAAUCACUUCUGGGAUUUAAAAGGUUAAACCACAAUAUUCUGGGAUUAUGGCAAAGGAAGAUCAAAGGGAAAAUAAAAGCCAAUCAGUUAGCUUGCUGAACUCUGGAGUAAGGGUUAAAGCAUAUUUCAAUAUUGAUCGUCUUGAAACCAAAAUCAAAGAAAUAUCAAUGGCCAAUGAGAAUAAUGGAAAAAUCACUAGAACCCAAUCAGAACUCAAAGUAAAAACUAACAAACUGACCUAAGAACGGUAAAGUGGUAAUUUUUGGACCAAUCACAGAGCAAAGUGAAGCAAAAUCCAAUGCAACAAUGGAUUACUUUUGAUGCUCAAUUUAAAAUUACCCCGAAGCCAUGGCCAGAUUGUUUUGUUGUGUUGUUGGGCAAGGAGCUUUCACAAUUCCUCUCUCUCUCUCUCUGUCUCUUGUAACGGCUUGACUGUUUGAAUACUGGGACAACCACCCAUCCAAAUUGGCCUUUUUGGUCAUCUGUAGACCUUUGUGCAAAUGAAUUCUAACGUCACACAAAUCUCUUACUUUUUAUUACAUUAGGAAGAGUACAAAAAGCGAGGUUUCCAGGAAGUUAUUUCACCAAACAUCUAUAGCACUAAGCUGUGGGAGACUUCGGGACACUGGCAGCAUUACUCUGUAAGAAUAAAAGGUCAUAUUUUAUUCUGAUCCUUAUGAUACUCUAAAUACAAGCAGCGUUUUGAAUAUCACAGUGUUUCUCUCCCAGGAAAACAUGUUCUCCUUUGAGGUGGAGAAGGAACGGUACGCUCUAAAGCCCAUGAAUUGUCCAGGACAUUGGUAUGUAUUCUCUUGGGUUUCUCAAUUUUUAAUGGUAGUAGGACUGAGUGGAGUCCAAUUCGGUCUGUAAUCAUAUGAGUGUUGACGAAAUCGGACGACUGCGAAGCGGGAGUCUGAUUAUUUUACCUCUAAAAAUUUGAAUGUGAUUGGCUUAUUGAACUGUCCGAUAACAACUUGGCAAGUCAAAUAGUGAAAAAUUGGGGUUUUUCAACUAAUCACCAUCGAUGAAAUUGAAAAAAAAGGCCUUGGUCCUUGAAUGAGCCUUUGUGUUUUUCCAAAUUUGCAUAAUCCCUCAUCAGCCAGUAGUCAUUACGAGAACAUAAUGCCCCUCUUUGAUCUUGCUCAUAGCCAAUCAGAGCACGCGUUCUAUCGGCCAUAAUCUCCCGCCAUGUAAUAAUCACCAAUAGGUCCUCUUUUUAUCUGCUCCUUGAUUCUUAGAGAUAAGGUGAAAUCUUGAUAUCAUGGAUUUUAUCUUGCGAGAAGAGUUACCCUCUUGCAUGUUCUGUUCACAUUUGACUUUCUUCCAGUGUAAUGUUUGACCAUCGUCCACGGUCUUGGCGUGAGCUUCCACUGAGGAUGGCAGACUUCGGAGUGCUUCAUCGUAAUGAACUGUCUGGUACACUUACUGGACUGACCCGAGUCAGAAGAUUUCAACAAGAUGAUGCUCAUAUCUUUUGUAGACCAGAUCAGGUACGAGUUUUACUUUUACUUAAACCUUUCACUCCCAAGAUCUAUUACCUAUUAUCUGCACUGUCUUUUACGUAUUGGAGAACGUUUUUCCUUAUGUACGUAAAUUUGGGGAUAUGCUCGUAAUACGUGGUUGUUAGAGGUUGGAAAUUUUCAAGUGGAAAAAUAAUUCGUGGCAGAAGCAAAAGUUGAGGAAAUUUUUUUAAACUAGCAGGAAGUAAUGUUUCUCAGAUGUAUCAAGAAAAACGUUUUCACUGGGUAUUAAGGAAUUCUGAAGAGGUGAGUGUACGGUUGAAUGGGACUUAUCAGUGCCUGUCUUUUUAUUUCAGAUUGGUGAAGAAAUCAAAGGCUGCCUGGAUUUCCUGAAGUUCGUCUACAACAAGUUUGGUUUCUCCUUCAAACUUUUCCUGUCCACCAGACCUGAGAAGUACAUGGGUAAGCUGGAGCUUUGGGACAGUGCUGAGAAGGUGCGAUUACUGAUCACUGUGAUAGCGCUUUUCGAUUGAGAGUCGUGAAAGCAAAACCAAAGUAAUCACAACAGCCAAUCAGAAGAAAGGAAAAUACCUUGAAGAGCCAAUGAAAAAACACAAAAUGAAAACAACCAAACUGCGUCAAGCGCGUGAAAACGCGGCAACCAAGUCGUGAUUCGUUUAAGUUUGCAUCUGAUUGGUGGAAAAAAUUGGCACGAGAUUUCUGGACCAAUCACAUAACGAAGUAAAGCUAAAGGAAAGCAAUCCCGGAUUAAUUUUGCACUCAAUUGAAAAUUGCUCUAAUGCUCUUUUUCACUGGAUCUGUCUUAAACGAAACAAAAAAAUUGUUAAGCUCUCGAUGGUUUCCUUUUUUUUUACAAGCGUGAGACGAAGACAAGUUUCUUACUCCCGUUUGAAAGCGAAGUGGAGUCUGAGGGUUUGAGAUUCGAUUCUUCAUGAAGAUUCCAAUUUUUUUUCUGUCCCACGCUCGUGACAGGGUGAAAAAAACGUCUCUUAGGGAUCUGUCUGUAAUAAGUUUCAGAAUGCAUGAAUAGAUAUAGGCUUCUGUGCAUAUCGUGUACAGUGUUAAACCUUUGCAUGAAAAAUUUUCCCAGUAAUGAUUGCUCAGCAAGCAAAUAAUCUUUCGGUCGUUUAACAAAUUCCCCUUGUUUGUAGCAUAGGACAUGUAUAGAAAAUAAUGUGUAGAAUUUUCAUUUUGAUGUUGGUGUGCCAGGAUCAGGAGGUCAUAGAGUUUUGUCAUUGAUUUAUUUAGGAGCUGGAACGACGUCUCAAUGAGUUUGGAAUGGCUUGGAAGUUGAACCCAGGAGAUGGAGCAUUUUAUGGACCCAAGGUACACCACUAGCUCACAAAUUUUCUGUGUCUGUGGGGCGGUUCGGUUUUUAUCGAGUGAAUUUCAUGGAAAUGACCGAGUUCCGCAGUUAGCGGGGAGAAAUUUCGGUCGGUCGGUCCAUCAAUUCCUGUAAACAUCCGGGCAUUUCUUUGCGCAGCAGUAUUGAACCGCUGAGAAUCGUAUGACUACCGUAGGCUCCAAAAGCUUGUCCACGGCGGCCAGCUUUCAAGGAGCUUUGGAUUGAUAAGAAAGUCGUGCACUACUGAUAGUCAAUUAAAUGGUAAACAGUGAAGUGACUUCUUCCUGAGCAAAUAACUCUUUUAGGUAGCUUUUUUUUACUUGUGGAAUAUAACCAAGUUUGUGAUCAGUUUGGAUGAAUUCAAAGGUACUGGGCACUAUCACUGGUCCUGUUUAAGGUGCGCUUUAGUUGUCAGUGUGAUCCAUGUUUUUCUAUUCCAGAUUGAUAUUCAGAUUCAAGACGCACUCCGCCGGUAUCACCAGUGUGCAACCAUACAACUUGACUUCCAGCUGCCAGAAAGAUUCAACCUAACUUUUGUCAGGUAAGAGAAGGUCGGAUGUUAGUUUUCAGUCUUCUCAUCGAGAGAUUGGCGAAGACUGUCAUAGCUUUUUUUUUUCUCUUAUAAAAAAUCUUUAACUUGAGCGAAGCUGGAGAGAUUACCAUUUGAAUUUUCUUGGAUAAAUUGCCAUCUUCUGGAUAGUAUAGUUCAUUGACAUUUUUCUGUUGGAUUUGGUAAUCCAACCUUUAAAUGGCAAUUUAUACUGGAGUGAAGGCCGAAAAAUAUUUCACAGACUCGUGAUUUUCUAAUCCCCCCCCCUCCCUCAAAUAUCGCGCAGCUUCUGUCUUUCGCUACUGAUAGUGAAGAGUAUGAGCCACUGAGUGAAGAAUAUGUUCGUAUGAAAAACCUCUACUGUAGAUACGAUGGGGUGUUGCACACUCAAGUGGAAAUAAUAAUUAUUUCUUGUUUUUUUUGUCUUUUUUUUUUUAACCUUUGCUUUUACUACAAAACACAAUUCUACAAAACAUUACUUACAAUGCAAGACUCAUUACGCUACUCUACUUACAGAAAAAUACUUAUGAUGUUUACAAUGUAGGUUACUCGUGCUAGCAAUACAGUACUGAAUAUGGUUACUUACAAAAAAUAUAAUUACAAGCAAUACGGGCUACUUACACUACUAAUAAUACAAUAAUCUACUUACAAUACUUCUGAAUAUACAGUUACUUACAAUACAUUAUACGGUAUAUUGUCUUUGAGGAGGCAGGAGUACUUCUCAAUAAAACAUAUAAUUAAGACAAAUUUUCAAGAUUAUAUUUAAUGAGUAGCUUACUGAUAAAGUCCUGAAAGGAGAUGGUCAGGCUAUUUAACAUGGCUGAAUAAAUAUAAUGGCGCAUAGAUAAGGUGUUGUAGUUGAAUUUCUGUAUUGUUGUUGUGUCAUUUGAUGAUUUAGUGGCGAUGGCGAUGAGAAGAAAAGGCCUGUCAUCAUUCACCGCGCCAUAUUGGGCUCCGUAGAGAGAAUGAUUGCUGUCCUUACUGAGAAUUUUGGUGGGAAAUGGUAAAUAACGAGUAGUACCUUAUUUAUUGGUAAUAAAGAUAAACAGUAGAUGAAUAGAGUGCUUUUGUAUUGAGUGUCGCAAAACCAAAACCAAAGUAGUCACAACAGCCAAUCAAUAGAAAGAAAAUUACUUUUAUGAGCCAAUCAGAGCGUGAUUUGUUGUAGUUUUGCAUCUGAUUGGUUAAGAAAGUGGCGCGAGUUUUCUAAACCAACCACAUAACGAAGUAAAGCAAGAACAAAGUAAUCCCGGAUUUCUUUCGACAUUCAAUUGAAAACUGCUCCAGUGAUUGAUUUUGUGAUUUGUAAACUGUUUUAUUUUGUUGUUGCAGGCCGUUCUGGCUUUCUCCAACUCAAGCCAUCGUCAUUCCUGUUUCCCCUAAGUACGAAGACUAUGCGGUCAAGGUAUGUUAAUACUUUCAUUUAAAUGUUAUCCAUGCGUACUAGUGGCGCCAUUCCUCGUCAGAGCAUGUCUAGUAAUGCAUAUGACCACACUUGACAAUAAUUUCUAUUCAAUGUAAAUGAUGGAGUCGAAACUUCACCAUCAACACCUGAAAUUACGACAUCGUGAGACAAACGGUAGCACUUCUAAAAGAUUGUAUUUCAUUACGAUUCAUGUUCACAACUGUAUAUCUUUUCUGGGAGACUCCAAAUUUCGUGCCGAUGGCGUUAAUCUGGUUUUCUUGCGGCUAUUAUUCGUUUCUUAGCAAGGAAGCACUAUAACUGGAAGUGGAUUUCAGUCUCUCAGCUAUAAGGAUUUCAUUAACAUGCAGGAAUCCUCCCUUCCUUUGCAUUUUCAAGGACUUAACGAAAACACUUCCACGGUGCCACGCGUGUCGACAAGUUUACGCGCGCGUAAGGGUUUUGUCUUAGGGCACAGCAGCCUAUCACACUAUCGGCAGCCGCUUAUGGAAACAUUUAUUCAAGCCUCUGCGGAUCACUUCUGAUGCAUGAUCUAAAACUGCUCUUACGGCCAGAAGUGAGAAUUUACAAAUCGGAAAUGGUAUUUAAUAGUGUCGUAUUUUGUUGUGUAGGUGAAGACUGCCGUGUUCAGUGCAGGUUAUCAGGCCGAUGUUGACCUCGAUCAUGGCACCACACUGAACAAGAAGAUCAGGAACGCACAGCUUGCUCAGUACAACUUCAUAUUUGGUAAGACAACUUACUGUGUAUUGCUGAAAAGAAAGAUGCAGUGUGGGAAUUCUAAUUGAUACUUUUUGCUUCGACGCAAAAUUUUAUACUUCAAAUGCAAGAACAAAAAAUAGCUAUGGUAGAAUGAAUUCUCCUUCAUUGAAUUCAAAGGCGCCUGCGAAUUCAGCAUCCCAAGGGGAGGAAGAAGGGAAAGUGAGCACAAACCACGAUCAUUAAACACGUCGCGCUCCAAUUUUUUAUCCCCGCCUCACACCCCCAUGUUAUAAAUAAAUUUCAGGGAACAAACUGAUUUUCACGAUGAACCGCUAUUUCAGAAAAUUGCUUGCUUAUUUCUCCUAUGUGCGCAGACCUUUUAGGGUGUUUAACGAUCAGAUGUUAACAGCCUUCUGUCGGCUGUUAACAGUUGAGACCUUGUUCCGUCAGGACCGCAACCUGGACAGAACCGUCGACUAUGAAAUGAAUUCAGCCCUUCGCGAAAUUCUUAAGAAUAAUGUUGAUUUCUGUUCGUAAGAAUUUGGUGAACGGCUGAAUGUCUUAACCGUCUUUACAGGAGCCACAUUUCAACCUCAGCAUGACUUGUGAACAGCAUUGAUUUCCAAAAAGAAACAAAAAUAUUUCGUUGUCAGGGUUCUUGUUCUCGAACCAGGCCCAUUUUGGCGAUGUUAUGUUAGUUUCAAAAUGUACAGAAUAUUAAAACGAACACAUUGAGUGCUUUUUUUCCUAAUUACAUCGGCUUUUGUUUCGCAAUAGUCUCGUUGCCGUUGCCGUCGAGGUUUGCUAAAGGUCUCGCAUCCAACAGACGGUAAGCUCCUUAGGGUUGAAAUUGUUUCAUCUUGUUUCCUUUCAGUUGUGGGCGAAAAGGAAGAAAAUUCCAACACGGUCAAUGUCCGUACCCGCGACAAUAAAGUUCACGGGGAGAAGACUGUCGAUGAAGUGCUUGAAAAGUUUGCCCAUCUCUCCAAGGAACGAAUCAGGGACAGCGAGGAGGAAUUUUGAAAUGACAAUAAUUUAGAACGCAUGGUUCUUUCGUAAAUUGCUAUAACCAGCAACUAAAAAAGGGGAAAGAAGAGGGGAAAUAGGGAGGCAGGGGCUGGAAAUCAGUUUUAGGAAGUUGUUCAAUAUGACUAGAGGACAAAAAGUGUAUCUUUUAGGUGUAACACGAGCUAACACAUGUCAGUAUAUGGUAUUGUAUUGAACUCUUUGCACCUUGAUACAGUAUCAGUAUGCAUUCUCUCCAUGCUGUAUACGUUUCCUGAGGUGCUGCCAAGGAAAAUUUGUUUAACAAUUAACAUUUUCUCUAGUCGGUGGUCAUUACCCUCAUUUUCGUGACCUUAAAGUUUGAUUCAGAGGUGAUAUUGUGAGGAGUAUUAGGACGCCAGUCACCCUGAGGGGGUUAGAAGGUUAAUGUAGGACUAACUCCACUCGACAGAUUUUGAAAAAAAAAAAAGAAAUUUUUCAUGACGAUUCGUAAUACGUUAUUGCUAAAUAAUAAUAGCAGCUAACCAAAGCUAUAUGGAUUUCCGCCCCGCCCUUUCCAAUUCCAUUCAAACUAACCAUAAGCAACUGCUUAAACUUGGUUUUAUUUUUGUUUCCGUUUUGUGGUAAUCUAUUAGUACCACCUUUUCAAAUUGGUUUGCCGUAGUGUCACGUCCUCCACUAGCUUGCCGUGCAUUAAGAAUUCUUUACUCUAAUUCACAAAAUGAAGUGUAUGAAAUUUGUUAAAAGUAAACCUCAGGGGAAGGUUAAGUUUACAGACGUAGUUAGUAUUUAGACGUGCUGUGAAAGGACCAGGAUGUCUGUGUGAAUUGCAUGUGGCAAUGACAACAUGGCUAUAAUUAAAAUAAUGUUAGAACUUACUUUUGCGUCUCAAAGUGGUUGGUUUGUUCUUACUAGUUAUUCUUCGCGUUUGGCGGGUGUUCUUGUUUUCCUUUUUGUUGUUUUUGUUACUGAAAUACUUUUAUACUUAUUUUCUGCUAGUGAAAAGUUUUGGUUAGAUCCUGUUUUAAGAAAGUAAUUUCACAGAGCGCCGGUGAAACCCCUUACAUAAAGAACGAGGAGUAACUUAUUUCCUUUUUGUACAGUGUUAAAAAUAAUUACACGUGACGUAAUUCCGGUUUUGGUCAAGGAAAGAAGGGAUGGAACCGAGAGAACAAGAGCUCAAGGAAGGCAGACAGACGGACGGUUAUGAUUACAUAGACAGUGAUAGAGACGGAAGUGAGGAUAUAUUUAUUCGAUUUAAGUAUUAACCGGGAGAGGAAUGGAGUUGGAGCUGACACAAAAAGUUCAGGGUUGGG